AACUACAAGCUACACUUUACACUAAAAAGAGACCUUAAGCGUGGUCGCCAUUUUCAGGCUUCGAAUUUCCACUCCACUCAGCUGGUAUUUCCAUGGAUUAAACUUGUGCAUAUGCAAACUAUUUUUUGCAGUCCUCCAUGGGAAAAUUGAACCAAUUCCGCAAUUGAUUUUCAUUUUAAACGGCUUUCAAUAUGAAUUCUGACCCAGAGGAUUGCAGCAAAACCAAUGAUAUCCCAGAAGAUGAAGAAAUGAAAGUGGAAGUUAAUGGUGAAGUGAACAUCCCACAAGAAAAUGGAAAACAUUCGGUUGUUGUGCCAGAUGACUCCUCGCUUCUGGAUGAGCAGACUGCUGGCAAAUCUAAAAGUGAAAAAUCCUGUGAAAAUCCCAAAUCUGUGAUUAAAGUUAACACAGGAGAGCUAAACCAAGAUGGCCAGGAAAAAGGACUUGUCUGUGAGGAAGUUGAUUCUACUCAAUCAUCGCAGAAAGCAGAACCUGUAGAUGAGACAAAGGUUGAUGCAAAUGGGGAAGCCAAGAGUGUUCCAGCUCUUGCAAAAGAUGGGAAGCCUGUUAUUCAAAGGAGAAUGUCCUUAAGACACCGAGCUGCACCAAAGAAAUAUGCUGAGGCAGAUAAAAGCAGUGAUGAUGACAUAAAAGAUUCAACAGCUUCUGCAAAAGACCCUUUGGAAAUACCUCUAGGAAAAAAUUCAUCAACAGUGCUCAUUAGGAAAUCGCCCGUUGCAGCAGUAGUAGUGAAAUCACCACCCAAAUCCGUCUCUCCUGUCAAAAUGACCAAAGUGACGAGACCUCCACCAGAGCUUAUCAAAGCUCCGAUUCUGUCCAAAAUUUCCAUCUCUUCAGCCACAAGUGUGACCGUGGUGCCACGGUCUAAAGAGAACAAUUCCAACUCAGGAUUUGUUGUUGUUGACACACAAUCCAUUUUGAAAGGAAAAAAUGCUGCACCAGUCAGCAAUGUUCCUGCAUCUGUGACAGUUUCUGCUGUUCCUCCCACCCCAAAAGCAAUGCCCAAGCCUAUUCCCCCGCCUGUUACUUCGAGUGCAAGCCGAAAGAGCACCAACUCCUCCAUUUCUAACUCAACCAGUCUUCCAGAUCCAUUUGAAUCAUUAGGUUUGGCAGAUGACUCCUUCAUCGUCGAAGCCCCGUCGUUUGUCGUCCCGUACCUGAUAGAGAAAUCGGCUUCUCAGAAUUUGAAAAAGACAGUCCAAUCAAUGGAUCCCCAUCCCGCUUCUGAAAAGAAAGAAGACGUCGUAGUUCUGAGCGAAGAAGAUUCGAACGAUUCGGAAAAGAAAGAAAAAGAUGACGUCAAAUCUACUAGUGCAACAGCUACGUUAGGAGCAACUCCGCUCGAUAAGUCGUCGAUGAAAUCGGAAAUGGAAAAAUCAAUAAGGCUGAAGAAAGAAGAAGAUGAAUAUUUUUCAGGGCCAAUCGGGCGCUUUUUUCUUGAUAUUGGACUGUCACUAGUUCAGGAAUAUGUUCAAGGAGAUCUCCUCCGAGUCCAGAAGAGGAAAGUCCACAAGGGAACAAAGAUAACUGAUCCCAGCCUGUCCGUAAACGCCUUGACCAAAGGGCUUGAUGUUACUCGCGCGAAAAACGAUCCUUAUCGAUUGCCUUGGCGCUCUUGCAACCAGUGCAGUUUCAAGAGCGAAUCAUCAUUAAUGAUGGCUCACCACAAGAGCCUUCCUUUAGCCCUUGGAUCUGGGUCAUCGGCACGAUAUGGAUGCCAUUGGUGUUCGUUCGAAGCCAAAGAAUCACAUUUGGUAUCGUUGCACAUCGAAACAGAUCACGGUGUGAAGACGCGGACAGGACCUGAUCUGCCGUCGCACCAGUGCCCACUUUGUCCAUUUGAAGAUAACGUCAAGUCCAAAGUAACACGUCAUAUGAUGAGCUGCCAGAAAAGAUUCGUCGCCGACCGCAAUCUAGAACCUCCACUAGACUGGGAACCACCAGCUAAAAUACCGAGGAUGCCCACGCGUUACAUGCGAGCGUACACUCCUGGCAUGAAUGCGGGAACAGGGUUGCAUGGCUACUCUCUUACGUCGACCAAAGGACUAAAUCUGCCUUACCACCCACUGCUACCCAAAUCGGCCUUGAUGAAUUCUCUGGGAUAUAACAGUGGUUUGUCGUCAACCGGAACCGGUCAAAACACUUACUUGGGCAAUAUGGCUGCAGCAGUUCAAGGAAAAGGAAGCAAGGGAGGCAGCCCUUCACAGGCAGCUCUUGCUGGUUUGCGUUUGCCGGCUGAAUUGCAUGUUGUAUCCGGUGCAUCUCAACGUGUUUCAGGAACGCCAUCAGGGUCAACACCUCAACCUAAGGGGCGUGACUAUCGUCAGCAGGCCUCUAAUCAGUCGUCUUCUUAUUUAAAUCCUUCCUCUUAUGGUGUUCCCAACAAUCAAAUUUAUCAGGCUAUUGCCAAAUCGUUUCAACUGUUACAAGGACAUGGGUCUUCAAUGUCGGUCUUACCGUCAAAUGUGUCCAAGAAUCAGUCGGCAGGUGCUAGCGCAAUUGAUAAAUUGAAGAAAAAUACCAGCUCCAUUAGUUUACUGCCCGGCUUAGUGAACACGAGCGGGUUGACAAUUCAAAGCUCAACUACUCCCACGACCAAUAAGGCCAAGACCAACCAGCAGCCAAGCAUCUCCAUUACUCCUCUGCCACGAACGAGCACGUCGACACUUUCAAACAAACCCUCUCUAUCCGUCAGCCCGGUCACUCCUGCGGCCACGAAUGCAAUGGCGGCAAUUGGUAACAAUACCUUGGCAGCAAAAGCUGGACAACCGGCAACACCAGGGCAGAAAGGGGCGGUUGUCUGUGAAAUAUGUGACAGUUCCAUUAAGGAUUUGGAGCAAUUGCGUCAUCAUAUGCAGUGGAUUCAUAAAGUGAAGAUUCACCCCAAAAUGAUUCACAAUCGACCGCCGCUGAACUGCCAGAAAUGCCAGUGUCGUUUUUUUACAGACCAAGGCCUUGAGAGACAUUUGUUGGGAUCCCAUGGGUUGGUUACAUCAUCCAUGCAGGAAGCGGCCAACCGAGGACAAGAUGGUGGUCGUUGCCCCAUAUGCGGAAAGGUUCAUCAGUGGAAACUGCUCAGUCACGUGGUGAAGGAUCACGGUCUGAGUUUGAAACCUGCUCAUCUCUCGUACAAGUGUACGGUUUGCACAGCCACCUUCACUAUGUACAAACUGUUUGAGAACCAUGUGUAUACAGCUCAUUCGGUGGUAGCUAGAAAAGUUCUGGACAAGGACAAGGCAGACACCAAGAAAGGAAGUUCGGGCUCGACCAAUACCAGCACAACUGGGGCCUUGAGAAUCAAUGACGAGAUCACCAUCAUACCACAAACGACUCGUCACGAUUCAUCUGAUCAGAAUGUGUGCCGGCCCUCCAGGGGCGAGAAAAGGAGUCGGGUCGACAUCAUUGACUUGUCUGAUGACGAACAAGACAACAAAGACGGUCUAACUCUUCCCAAAUCCCAAGUGACGAUUACGAAAGUGCCCGCCCCUAAAGGCUACCUAAGCAGAAAUAGUAGAGAGUCCAUGUCCAAGCGCAGCAGGACGGACGACAACGAUACCGAGUGAAUUAUUCUUCUUUUUUGGGGGGGGAGCUUUCGUUUCAAAUGUGCUCCCUAGCAUCUUUUCCCUUCCCUACAAUUUCGUUUGAGGCAAUCCAAUUGAGCAUUGGAUGGUAUGAAUGUGAAGCGAAUAUUCUUAUGAAACAAAAUUCAGAAACAAUACAGGAUUAUUUACUUUUA